AUGGGUUCAAUAAGCCUUUGGAUGUUCCUGGUCCUGACGAUUUGCACCUGGAAUAAAACCAUCGGAUGCACUUGGAUGAGUACACAACCUCCGCCUCGGAGCAUGUUCCAUGUGUUCAGCAACUACACCAUAACGAUGCUUGAGAAAAUGGGUGAUGAAGUCUCUCCAAAAUGUCUGAUGACUUUCCCUUACGAGCUAUAUAGACAGGUCGACAAUUUCAAUGCUGACGACCAGAUUGCCUUCAUUUCGCAAACUCUGAACAAAAUAAUGAAAUUGUACAGCAGUGAUAAAUAUGAGUCCACCGCCUCGGACCAGAAAGGAUUUUACAAGUCGUUUAUGACAUACCUCGAACGCCAGACCUCGGAGCUGGACAGAUGCGAAUACAGCGCAAGCAGCUGGGAAGACAUAAGGACAGUGGUGCUGCUACACAUGGGAAGACUAGACACAACACGGACUAGCCAAUAA